GGGUACAUAAAUGUAUUUAUAUAUUUGAAGGGGUCUUUUUACCUUCAGAAAUCAAUAAUAAAAUUGCAAUUUUUCGUCAUACAUUUUAAAUAUAUUGCUGUUGAAAGAAUCACAUCUGUAGGCUAUUAAUGCUUGGAUUUUAUGAUAUUUAAAUGAUAUUAUAGCGGUACUGGAUGACUUUUGGCACACACUGUACGAAGGAAAUUAAGCAAUAAAUCAGGUUGUUGUGAUCGUUCGACAACCCAUUGCAUUACCCUAACAAAUUUAGACCUGGCCAAUUACACGAUACCAGCAGACGUUUGGAUAUAAAAACGAUAUGCACACCGAUCCAAAUAUCAGUCAAUCAGCUGUAUUACACUCUGUAGUCUGUACCUAUAUUAUAUACUAUAAUCGCGGCAGAAAUACAUACAUCCACACACAUACACACACAUAUAUAUAAAUAUACCAACUCAUUAGACGAAAAAAUUUCGAGUGGCGACUGCGAGAGAUCCACCGAGAAGCAGCAGUUUUCGAAAUAUAGGAUAAUAACUCCACCACCAACACCAACAAUAAUAUGUUUCUGUCGUACGCCGCCGUGGCCGUGUUUGCUUUUGCGAUUCUGUUGAAUAUUUUCUACCUGUACUCACCCGUCGAAUCAGCCGGAACCGGCUUUAUGUACCCGUUGUGCGAGGAUUGUCUGAAGUCGGAGUGCCACGUCAAAAGUCAAAGGCCUUGCAUGACCAGAUACGACCCUCAGUACAAUUUCACAUGUUACACGUGUGACCCCCAAGAUGGCAACCAACAGUUCUAUUCCGAAGAUGAAUGCAAGAAGGGCUGCACGGACGCGUUGAAAAUGUGCAUUUGUGACGCAUCGUGUUACAUGUGCAUCGUAAAAGAAGGCGCCGAUUUGAGUAAAUACAUGAAAUGCACCGUACCAGAACAGGAGGAGCAACCAACGUGCGUGUAA